AUGAUGAAGACGGAAUCCACAUCCAAGAGCGCCGGACCGGGCCCCGGACCCGGACCCGGUUCCGGGUCGGGCUCCACGCUCCGGAGCCCGUCCCCGCACAGGAACGCCUACGAGGCCGGGAUGCAGGCCCUGAGGCCGGUCAAAGACGGAGCCGCCAACGGGGGCCUGCAGGAGGGGCCCCGGGGCCGCAGGUACGGCUCCAACGUGCACCGCAUCAAGAACAUGUUCCAGCAGAUGCAGACCACGGCCCCGGCCGACGCCGAGGCGGGGGGGACCGAGCCGGACGGCGGCUGCAGCAGCAGCAGCAGCAGGAGCGCGGACAAGUCCUCCGUGCGCCUGUCCCUCCCCAGGGCGGGCAGCCUGAACGAGAACGUGGACCACAGCGCCCUGCUCAAGCUGGGCUCCACCGUGUCCGAGCGCGUCAGCAAGUUCGACCCCAAGGCCGAGAACGGCCACCAGCGGACCCCGUCCCCCAGCUACUCCAAGCUGCAGGAGACGCGGCGCAUCUUCGAGCAGCAGCAGCAGCAGGAGAAGCUGGCCACCACCAGGGUGCUCCUGAAGACCGACAAGGCCUCGGGCUUCCAGGACGGCCGGCUGGACGUGGUGGCCCGCUUCAACGGCAGCACCGAGUCCCUGGACAGCCUGGACGCCGGCGAGGCCGUGUCCCCCACCGUCAGCCAGCUCAGCGCCGUCUUCGAGAGGGCGGCCGAGCUCCGGAACAACCUCCACCGCCUGUCCUCCACGCCGCCGCUGCCCUCCCGGGGGGUCAGCGCCAAGGUGGGGGUGCUGAACUCCAAGAUCAUCACCAAGAGGGCGGGCGCCCUGGCGUCGGGCGGUCAGGAAGAGGAGUCUGGCCGCCAGAGGGGCCAGGAGGCGCCUCCCUCGAAGGGCGCCAGGGGGAGGGCGGCGCCCCCGUCGGACGGCCUCAACGGGGGUCAGGUCGCCGGUCAGUGCGUCCCGGCGUCUGGACGUUCUUCUGCCGGAGGGGGGCCCGACGAGCAGAGGGAAAAGACCGUGUCCAACGCCGGGGUCCAGGCCAAGGCCGAGGUCAGGCACGAGGUCAGCGCGGGGGACGCCGCCGUUUCCGUGGAGAACGGCGGCGAGGCCCCCGACGAGAAGCGAGGCGGCCGGCAGGGCCAGGGGGACGGCGUCCAGGAGGAGGUGGACGAGGAGGUGGACGACGGCGGCAGGACUCUCAGAGACGAGCUCUCGGGCCGCGACUCGGUGGACAUCAGUGCCUACAGCGCGGUGGGGGAGGACUUGGAGGGAAGCCAGAGGGACGAGGACGAGGAGGUGGACGAGGAGGCGGACGAGGAGGCGGAUGACCGCUACGAGCCCGAGUCCAGCUGCGUGGAGAUCACGGGGCUCCCCGCCGAGGAGGACCCGCCCCCCUCCAGGAAGAUCCGCUUCAGCUCGGAGCCCAUCAAGAUGAGAGGAGAGAGGACAGAAAAGGAGGAGGAGGAAGAGGAGGAGGAAGGAGAGUGGAUUCAAAGUGUCGCCCCGUGUUUGGCGGCGGCGCGCCCCCUCGUGCUGGACAUUACUCACAGCCAGGAGACGGUGGGAGAGCAGACAGAUUAUCAUCAGCAAGGUCAGGCCGUCCCACUUCUCAGUCCUGCGGCGCUGCGUUUGCAGACGUCCGUGCGCGACGUGCACUCGCUCAGGUUACUGCGACAGGCCGCGUUACGCAACGCCCGGCCCGCGAUGCCCGAGCGCCGCCCCGUCCAGACGCCAUCUACGCCGAAAAACUGCCGACUCGGCUCAAAGCUGGGGCUGCAGGGCUACGCUGACCUUCCGCUUCUGUCCAUAGACCUCGACAAGGAGGUGUUUGCCACAUAUCCCAACGAGGACUACGACAGACGCAACGAGGACGUGGAUCCCAUGGCGGCCUCGGCCGAGUACGAGCUGGAGAAGAGAGUGGAGCGGCUGGACCUGUUCCCUGUUGAGCUGGAGAAAGAUGGUGACGGCCUGGGCAUCAGCAUCAUCGGGAUGGGGGCCGGAGCCGACAUGGGUCUGGAGAAACUGGGCAUCUUUGUCAAGACCGUCACAGAUGGAGGAGCGGCACACAGGGACGGCAGAAUCCUGGUGAAUGACCUGAUCGUGGAGGUGGACGGGACCAGUUUGGUGGGGGUCACCCAGAGCUUUGCCGCCACCGUGCUCAGGAACACCUCAGGAACCGUCAAGUUUGUGAUUGGCCGGGAGAAGCCGGGCGAGCAGAGCGAGGUGGCCCAGCUCAUCCAGCAGACGCUGGAGCAGGAGCGCUGGCAGCGGGAGAUGAUGGAGCAGCGCUACAACCAGUACAUGGACGAACAAGAGGGUGGGGAGUACGGUACGGACGAGGAGGAGGACGAAGACGAGGAGGCCAGUCCGCCCUAUCCCAGUGCCAUCGAGGUGUUCGAUCUGGCCGAGAACGAGGACAUGUCCCCUCUGGAGACGGACCCGGAGAAGCUGGCCCACAAGUACAAAGAGCUCCAAAUCAAACAUGCGGUGACUCAGGCUGAGAUCCAGCAACUGAAAAGAAAGCUGCACCACGCCGAGCAGGAAAAGCAGCGCUGGCGGAUGGACAAGGCCCAGCUGGAGCAGACCCUGCACGAAAACAAGGAGCGCAUGGAGAAGCUGGAGGGCUACUGGAUGGAGGCGCAGAGCCUGUGCCAGGCCGUGGACGAGCACCUGAAGGAGACGCAGGCCCAGUACCAGGCGCUGGAGCGCAAGUACAGCAAAGCCAAGCGCCUGAUCAAGGAGUACCAGCAGAAGGAGAUCGAGUACCUGAAGAAGGAGACUCAACGUUGUGCACAAGUCGGAGCCGAAGCCACUCUUUUGAAAGAGGAGUCAGGACAGCUUCAAGAGCAGGUAGGGGAGGUGGCUGACCUGGAGUGCCGAGUGGAAGAGCUGAAAUCUGAACCUUUAUAG